AGUACAAAUGUCGGAAACAGUGGCAGCAGUAGUUCUAAACCAAAUCAAUCACAAAUGAAUCCUGGAAGUGGAAAUGCAGGAAACACAUUAAGUAUGUCUCAAUCUCCAACUACAAGCUCGAUCAAUUCUGUAAUUGGUUAUGAUAAUGGUGCAACCAGCUGGAAUGCUCCAGUCGCUUUAAUAAUUUUAAUUAAUUGUAUUAUAUAA